CCUGCCAUAGUCGCGGUGCAUUGUGGGGAGGUUGUGGUCCUCCAGCAGCUCGGUUCGGAAUAAUGUCUGCCUCGGAGGCAGCGGACGGUUCUUCCCCGGGUUUGUGCCCGAGCUUCGCCGUGAUCUGCUCGUUUCUGGAGCGGUAUGGACCUCUGCUGGACUUACCGGAGGUUUCGUUCCCGGCGCUCGAGCGCAGUCUGCAGGAGAGCAGCACGGUCCCUAAGCUCCUUGUGGACCUUCACGUGAAGUUACUGAGGAAAAUUGGCAAAUCUGUAUCAGCAGACAGAUGGGAGAAGUAUCUCAUUAAGGUCUGUCAGGAUUUUAACACCACAUGGGCGUGGGAGCUGGAAAAGAAAGGUUAUCGAGAGAUGACUGUCGAAUGUAAGACGGGCAUACUAAAGUACUUGUGUGAAUGUCAGUUUGAUGACAACGUGAAGUUUAAGAAUGCCAUCAACGAAGAAGACCCUGAUAAAAUGCGUCUUCAGCCCAUCGGCAAAGACAAAGACGGCCUCAUGUACUGGUUUCAACUGGACCAAGACCACAAUGUAAGGAUCUAUGUGGAAGAACAAGAUGAUCUGGAUGGUUCCUCCUGGAAGUGUAUAGUAAGAAAUAGAGAUGACCUAGCUCAGAUUGUUGGGCUACUGAAGACACAUAUUGAUCCAGCGCUUUUGGUAAAGAAGGAUCAGGAGGAGGGGUCAUCCAAUAAAAGUCCGAGCCCAGAUGAUGAGGAGAACAAAAAGGAGGAGGGAUGUGAAGCAGAGAUUAAAGAUGAAAAGUCAAAAGACACAGCAUGUCCUGAUCCAUCUGAAAAUAAGGAAAACAUCUUGGAGAAAGAACAUGUAAAGCAAGAGGUCACUGAAGCUGUUGAAGCAUCGUCAGAAAAUGCGAAGGAAGAGCUGCAGAAACCUUCAGAGACGCCGAACGGCACUGCCGUCAUUGCUGGACCAAUCAAAGAAGAACCACAGGAUGAAGAGACAAAAGUCAAAGACUCAUCAACACCUACGCAGAAUGCAGAACAGAUGGAGGAGAUAAAGAGAAAGACUGCAGAAGACACUCAGAGAGCCCUUAAAAAUGACCAUCAAGCGAAAAUACCUUUGAAAAAGCGAGAGAUGAAACUAAGUGAAAAUUUUGACUAUAGCAGUGUGGGUGGUGCCACUACUUUGAAAAAAGCACCUGUCGCCCCUGCAAAAGAAUCGCAGAAGUCUUAUGAUGAAAAUGGAUCCAGUGGUGAUAAGAUCAACGGCCAUGUUCCCCAUUCUGAACAAAAAGAGAACGAAGCGCAAAAAGAGUCCAAAAGUCUUCAAAAAGACACAAUGGAGAAGCAUUCAGAAAAUGUACCUUGUGUGUCUGAGGAAUCUAAAAAGGAGAACGAGAAAGAUUUGACAGAGGAAAAGAUGGACACCAGUGAAACCAGAUCGUGUGCUGAAGAACAGAUGGAAGUGGAUAAACCCUCUGCUAGUGUCAUAGAGGGAAACAAGGAGAAAUCGGAACCUUGUCAACCACCAGAAAAGGUCCCUGUAGAACAGAAGUCACCAGCCGUCAAUGAGCAGUCAGAAAAGGCGCAUGGUGUUAAAGUCAUAACUGAAAAUAAAAACAAGCCCAAGAGUGAAAGUGUGGUUGAUAUGGAUGCUGCAAAGGACCAGAAAACGAAAGAUCUACCGAAAGAGGAGUCUCAGAAAGGUUUACAAGAAGAAGAAUCAAUAAAGCAUCCACCAAACGAAGUGUCGAACAAAGACAUACCAGAAGAAAUGGUAAAGAAAGAUCUCCUACAAGAAGAGCCCAAGAAGGAUCUCCCUCGAGAAGAGACCAAGAAAGAAAUACAAGAAGGUCAAAAACCAUCCAAAGACACAGAUGACUCCAAAACAGACCAUGAGAAACAAGAUCAGUUACAACGGACAACAACAACAACUGUGUCCAAAGAGACUGCUGCAAUGGAGACAGAAAAGACCCAGCCCUGUAAAGCAGAUGAAUCCUCUUCCCAUGAAACAAUCAAACCAAAAUCCCCUGCAGAAAAGUCAGAAAAUAUCUCAAAUCUUGAAGAGCGUCAUACGAGCUGCAGAACAGAAGAAACAAAACCUCAGCACAGCACCACAGAAAAAAAAUCUGUAUCUGUAUGCACCAAAUCAGAAACAGCCGCAAUUGUCUCAAACUCUGAAAAACAGCAUGUGUCUGAAGAAGACAAGCUCUCAACUAUUGCAGAAAUUGUGUCCGCUUCCUCCAAACAUUCUGAAAACACGAAUGGCCCUCAAGACAAAGCUUGUGAGCAGUCUGCCUCCCCAAAGUUGGCAUCUGGUGAGCUUGAAAAUUCAUCUGUUUGUGAUUCGACCAGUAAGCCGGCCAUCCUACAAUCCACGGAGACCGUGCCUUCUAAGAAAAAAUGUGAUACAGCUGCAACAAAUAAGAAAGACAAGGGUGAAGAAGAUCUUACCGGUAAAGUUGCGAACAGCUCUGAAAAAUCUCCAGUUGAAAAUCUGAAGAGCACGGAUGAAAAACAAAGUGAAUCCAAACCUUCCUCAGGUGGAGAGCAUGAAAAGCGAGCAGAUUCAAAAGAAAGGAGCACGGAUAACCAAAUGGACGUUGUUUCGGAGACCACUAAAGUUGAAGAGGUUCAAUCUGAUGAAACCAGAACAAAGGAGAAAAAGGAAUCUAAUGUUGCUUCAGAUCACGAAACAGUCCCAAACAAACAACGCGAGCAGGACAAAACCAAAGUUUCCCCAGAAGAAUCGAAAACAAGCGAUGCUCAAUCAGAAACCAGCCACAAAAGUCCAGAGGGGCUUUCGAACAAAUCUCAGGAGGGUCAGGAAGAGGUUAAAGCAGGAGAGGAAAAAGAAGAAACUUACAGCGUGUCUUCAAAAGCGCCACGGGACGGAAAACGUUCAAAGAUCAAGGUCGCAGCUCACAGACGGAAAGCUGAACUCCAGAGAGAGGAGGCGAGGGGGGAUUCAGAGUCAGAGACGACCGACGGCAGAUGCUUGAGAAGGUCUCCCAGAAUCUGCAGACCCACUGCUAAGCAAGUGGAGAUCCAGGAGAGGAGGGCGGAGCGGAAGCAGGCGACUUCGCCAUCAGAAAAGGAUAAGGAAGAAAACGAGGAAAGGGAGGAAGAAGAGCCUGUACAGAAGAAACCCAGGAAGACUGAACCUGAUGGCCAAACAAAACCUAAGGGCGGGAGGCGCCGAAAGCGGACACGAUGGUCUCGUACAAGGCGCAAAAAGAAAGGUUCAGACGACGAUUUCACUGAAGAGGAGAGUGAAAGCGAUGAGGAAACGGAGGAGGAGGAUGAUGACAGCGAUGAAGAUUUCAAGGUGGAGAAGACCAGAAAGAGGAGGAACAGACACAGAGAGCGUCGCAGCUCCGACUCAUCUACCUCUUCAUCAGAAGAUGGUGAACCCAACGAUGACCCCUGCAAACAUUGUGGCCUUCCCAAUCAACCCGAACUGAUACUCCUGUGUGAUUCCUGUGACAGCGGCUAUCAUACUGCCUGUCUGCGACCGCCGCUCAUGAUCAUUCCAGAUGGGGAAUGGUUCUGCCCCCCAUGCCAGCAUAAGCAGCUUUGCGACAGACUUGAAGAACAGUUGCAGAACCUAGACGCCGCCUUAAAAAAGAAAGAACGUGCAGAAAGAAGGAAAGAGCGGCUGGUGUAUGUUGGAAUCAGCUUGGAGAACAUCAUAACACCCACCGUGGAAGCAGAGGAAGAAAAAGAAGUGGAGCCUUUGAAAGAGGAGAAAAAAGAGGUGAAGAAGAGCAAAAGUUGGGGACGAAGGUCAACCAGGGCCAAAAAAUACAUAAGCUACAGGUUUGAUGAAUUUGAUGAAGCAAUCGAAGAGGCGAUUGAGGAAGACAUCAAAGAGGCAGAGGGAGGAGGAACCGGCCGGGGAAAGGACAUGGCAAACAUCACAGGCCACAGAGGGAAGGACAUGUCCACCAUCCUGCAGGAGGACGGGAAAGAGAACGGACGGCCACGGCGACCGCCCACAAACCAAAAGCGGAAGAAACGACGACGUCUCAACGAUCUGGACAGCGACACCACGGUGGAUGAGGAGGAGAGCGAGGACGAGUUCCGGCUCAGCGAUAGUUCUGAAGAGGAGGAGUUUGCAGUGACCGAUAAUGAGGCGGAGAGCGAAGCCGAUGCUCCAUCUUCAGAAGACAGCAAGUUUGCGAGCGAUUGCGGCAGUCCGCGAAUAAAACCCUCAUGCAGACAGUCGCCAAUUCGGAGUCGAAAAACGAGACCGCAACGCAAUAGACGCAGACCAAAAGGAUACUCUGAUGAUGAGGAGCUGGAAACUGACGAAGAGGAGGAAGAAGAUGAGAUGGCGACAGAAGGCUCUAGUGAAUUCAGUGACAGUGAUCUGGAUGUCCGCUGUCGCCGGUCCCACAGGAGCCGUAAGCAGCAGGUGAAUUACUGUGAAAGCUCCGAUUCUGAUGGCUCACAGGCCAGCACCAACAAAGACAAAAAGAAGCGAAGACACCUUUCCAGUUCUGACAGCGAAGUUAGUUUCAAGUCUGGAGACUCUGAUGAAGAAGAGAGGAAGCCCAAGAAGAGAAGAGGAGACUCAUCCGAGGAAGAAUCCAGAAAACAACGCAGACGUCUGUCUCUUAAACGGCGGAGGGAGUCGGAAGACGACGACGAUGAUGGCGAUUCAGACGAAUCUGAUGAAGAGGAGCGGCCUGUGCGCAAGCGCGUGAACCGAAUCGAUUCAGACGACAGUGACAGCGAGGUUGAGGAGGUGAAGAAGAGCCCGCCGGAGAAGGACACAGAGGAGACCGUCUCCAAAGGGCCCAGUCCACUGGACUACAACUUGGUGGAGCUUCCAUCCACGAAUGGACAGAGCCCGAUAAAAAGUUUGGAGGGUCUCAUAUCUCGACCCGGGGUAGGGGUGCCGCCUAAAAACAGCAAUGCUCCAUCAGCCGUAUCCAUGGCAGCAAACGGCCUGGAGAUGGCCCAGCCAGAUGAAGAUGAAGACGACCUCUUGGGCGUUACAGACCUCGUAGACUAUGUUUGCAACAGUGAACAAUUGUAAGGCCGUGAAUCAUUUCGUAUUUCAACAUCGAAAUCUUAUUUUUCUCUUUUUCAUCUUACGCUGUCCACGGUCAGCAUCAUCCAUAUUGUAUGAUCUUGACUUCCUCUUGGAUCCCGUCACCAAUCCUUGUUAAAUGUGCCAGCAGGACAGAAUACGGCGGAGGCCAUCAGCGGCACAUUAUUAAAGCUGUACAUAUUUAAUUGAUCAAAAAAUCGCAGAAAGGAGAAAUUCCUUUUGAGAGACUUCCCUGAGAUAUCUUUGGGAUGCAUCUCAGACAAAACUCUCUCUGGAAACAACCUCUAAAACCUCUUUUUACACUAAUCACAUAGCCACGCUCAUUAAUAAAUCUGAUGUCUGACGUAGACUUUAUUUUUGGAGUCGAUGUGAGUUUUGAUUUAUUCCACUUCUGUCAGUUGCACAUUCAGAGAGAAGAGGAAGUGGGUGGAGUCGGGUCCUAUAGUAGGCGGGAUUAGUAUGCUGGAAGCAGAAAGUGGGCAGGGUUAGCGUUUAGGGGCCACGAGGCAAAAUGAGCUGCAUUUUAGUGAAGUUUGCUAGAUUUUCCAUGAAAAUACAAAUACGUUCAGCGUUUAGUUCCCAACUGAGGCCGUUUUUAAACGUUCAUCCUUUAUAAUCUAAUUGGAGUGGAUGUCAAAUUUCUACCGAUUUUGUAGUGUCUUUUGGUGGGAGACGAUUUUUAUUAAGUGAUGUCAUUAUAAGCUUUGUUUUGUUAUACUAUUUAUUAUUACUAAAGGUGUAAUUUGUAACUAAAGUUAUUGCUUGGUCAGACGGCUGCUUCCAGCGUUAGAGCAAGAACAUUGGAUUGUUUCUUGUGCAUUGCUUAUUUUCUAAUGGCGACUUACUAAAACCCAUUAAAUUCAGUUCUUUCACAUAGAUGAUUUGUUAUUUUGAUUCAUUUCGAUUCAAACACUAUUCAAUCUGGCAGCUUGUGAACGCAUUAAAUGCCAAAACUUCCACUUUUACCACUCUGAUGUGCUAUAUUUAUUUUGAUGAGCGAUUCCUCACAUUACAAAGUUAAGUGAAGUUCAUCUCAUGCAGAUAUUUCUUCAGAGCGAUUUGUCUUUUUCCACCAGUCCUUUUUGUGUCUGUUUAAUGCACUAUAUUAAACCAUUUUCGUUGUAUAAAUAUAUAAAUAUAACCAUUGAAAUCUUUGUUUUUUACUUACUGAUUGUGUUGGCAUUGUUUCUUUUCAUCACUUAUAAAGCAAUACAUUUUUCUUACAAGAUACGCAGAAAGAGAUUCAUGGUCAUCUGAUUGACAUUACUGAAUCGUGUAUUUUUAAUGACAGGUUUAUUGUUGGUGACAAAAUGAUUUCUGACCCUUUCAGGAGGUUUUCAGCCCCUCUGCUGCGACAUCCGAGAAACUUGGUAUAAUCUUGCAUUAUCCUUGUGUGUAUAUCUGUAGUUUUCUGCUGUAACAUAUUAGAAGCAUUUUUAAAUCAUUUAAACUAUACAUAGCAGUCCUUUAUGAUUGCAGCUGUUUAUAAUUUGUUUUUGUAGGUACGUUUGUACCAGUUCAAAGUGAGUUGGGGCAUGUCUUGACUGUUUUCAUUGAUACAUUUGGUUGUCUUUUUUUCCUUUAAAAGUUUUUAGUCUUACCGUCGCAUUUUUCACCGAUUGCUAAAACGUUUCCAAGAACGAUCCGUUCUCACAGGACACCAACAUCUGAUACAAACCCCAAGAAAGUGUAACUGUUUGGAUGUCUGUGGUCGGCAAAAGCUAUGUAAAAAUGUCUUGUAAAAUAAUGUUUAUUCUUGGCAUGCACAUUAUGUUCUAGUUUUGGGGGAAUCAAGGUUAGAGAAAACAAAGUCACAAAUUUCUAACAAAUUUAGUGCCACUUUAAAUACAUUAAGAUCAGAAAUUUAGUCUGACUUUAUAGCUAAAGCUCAAGAGCACCAUUAGGUACAGUACUUAGCUAAAGUGUGUUGAUAUGUUUUUGAACAUCAGUAUUGAAUAAUGCUUGUAAUAAAAAAACAAAGGUACAGAGAUUGAUUUGAAGCUGUGGCCCAGCCUUUAUCAUCAUAUACUAUAUAUUUGUAUUUCACAAUCUGAUGACAUUCAAUAAAGGAUUCCAGCCCCAGUGUUUUAAGAUAUUUGGCUGAUGUAGAUUGACAGCAAAUGGACAGAUGCCAUCUGGUUUUAGCUUUUAGAAAUGUCUUUUGUGUUUGUCUGUUCCCCUUUUGGAUGUUUUUGUUAACUGUAUUGUAAUUUCUUUCAUAUAAUUUACGAUCUUGUACAUUUGUCAUAAUAAAAAAAAUUAA